AUGAUUCCAGUCAGCAAAAGAGAUGAUAUAAAAGCCAUAGCUUCCAUCUCUGCUGGAAAUGAUGAAUUUAUUGGAAACUUAAUUGAUGAAGCCAUUGAUAAAAUCGGUCAUGAUGGAAUAAUUUCUAUUGAAUCUUCUUCAUCAAGUGAAACUUCUGUGAUUGUUGAAGAAGGAAUGAAGAUCGACAAAGGAUACAUGUCACCUCAUUUUGUCACAAAUCAGAACAAUUUGUCUGUGGAAUUUGAAAAUGCUAAAGUCCUGAUAACAGAUCAAAAGAUAUCAUCUGUGAAAGAAAUUGUCCCAUUGCUAGAAAAGUGUACUCAAUUAAGUGUCCCUUUGCUCAUUUUUGCUGAAUAUAUCUUAAUCUCAGUUCUUGAAACCCUAAUUGUUAACAGAAAUCAAGGUUUACUUAGGGUAAUUUUUGUAACAAAGGUUGUUUACAAGGGCUAUAUUGAUAAGAAUGUUUGGGUUGGUCUCAAAUCUCUGCCUGUUUCUGUUAAGGUUCUCAACAAGGAGGGUCUUCAAGGCCACAGAGAAUGGCUUACUGAAGUUAAUUUCCUUGGUCAGCUCAGACAUCCCAAUUUGGUGAAAUUGAUUGGAUAUUGA